AUGUGCAAAUCCUUCGGAGGAACCCUCGACGGAGCAGCCCUGGAAUGGCUCAUGAACAUAACACCUGGAUCCAUCUUCUGCCUGUCCGACCUCAUCAACGCCUUCUACCAACAAUUCGCCAGCAGUCGCCAGUUGGAGAAACAAACAAGUGACCUCUAUCGGUUGGUCCAAGGACCUACCGAGUCGGUACGCGAUUAUUUUAACCGUUUUAAUUGUGAGAAAAUUAGUAUAAAAAACUGUGAUGUCAGGACAGCCAUCGAAGCAUUCAAGAGAGGUCUCGUCCCCAACUCGGAGCUGUACCGGGAACUAACCAAAUAUCCCUGUGCAACCUUCGAAGAGGUCAGAUCGAGGGCCACUGCCCAGAUGCGGAUUGAAGACGACGAGAUUACACGAAUGGCUUCUCAGCGACCAACAGGGGGCAGCAGCGACAGGAGGUCGUACACCCCAAGGAACAACAGCUGGAGACACCAACCAUACAACCGCCAGAAUCAGGUACAAAAUGUCAAUCAAUAUGAUGAUACUAACAGUGUUUACAGGAAUGAACGGGUCGUUUAUCCCCCCAUCUCCGAGUAUGGCUUCAACGUCGACAUCGGAGGCGUGGUGAACGCCCUUCAAAGUGUAGGUGGUACCGUCAGAUGGCCUAAGAAGAGCGACAGACCAGACUCUACGAAGGACAUGAGCAGGUGGUGCGACAUCCACCGCGAGAAUGGCCACACAACCGAGGAAUGCAUCUCCCUCAAAAAGGAGGUAGCGUAUCUGUUGAAAAGAGGCCACCUGAAGGACCUACUGAGCGACAAAGGAAAGGAGACGUACAACAAGGAUAGCAACUCCCAACCCAACCCAGCACCAAGCGGCGACCGACCGGCCCCGCCCACGUUCGAAAAAGUGGUAAACGUUAUUUCUGGUGGUUAA